AUGAUGGUGGCCACCAGCGGGGGGGCAUGGCGCUGGCUCCUUGCCGCGGGGGCCGCGCUCGUGCUCCUCAGUGCGACCACUGCAGACGCGGCGAGCACGGUGCGGCGCGGGCGUGCGCCGCUGGCGGCGGGAACCAGCGCCCUGAGUGCAGCGCGUAGCCUCAGAGCCUCGCAGCCGGACUUCUCGUACUACAUGAACACCGAGGCCGUGUGGUCGGAAGUAAGCCAGCUUGUGUCGGAGAACCGCGACUGGAUGCAGCUCGACGUGGUCAAGAAGACGGCGGAGCCCCCGGGAGCCGAUGCGUGCCAAGUGCAGUACCGUGAGGCGUGCAAAGACGAGUACAGCAUCGAAGCGAAGAUCGUCACGGUGGAGGCUGACUUUCCGAGCAGCGGUCCGCCCAGGGCGCGCACCGGCGCGGACGACGACCCGCUGCACAUGUACUUCAUCUACGGCGAGCACGCCCGCGAGCUGGUCACGGUCGAGCUCGGCGUCGCGGUCCUGCGCUCCCUGCCCGACCUCCCCGCGCCCCUGACGCGGCUGGGCUUCACCGCGGAGGAGUCUGCGACGAUCCUGGCCGUCAUGUCGCGCGCGACGCUGAAGAUCGCGCCGAUGGAGAACACGGUCGGCCGCGCGCGCCUGGAGGGCCCGACCAAGGCGCUGUGCGAGCGCAAGAACGGCCGCGGCGUCGACAUCAACCGGAACUUCGAGGUCGACUGGAACGUCAGGGAGAUCGACUACGACCGCAACGAAGAGUUCGGAGGGUUCGCGAAGCUGUCGGAGCCCGAGGCGCAGGUGGACGUGGAGGUGGUGCGGGCGUUCCGGCCGCACGUGGUGCUGAACGUGCACUCGGGGAUGGAGGCGAUGUUCACGCCGUGGGACCACCAGGGGGGCGCGCCGGACGACCCGGCCGUGGCGGUGCAGAAGGGGAUCCUGGACGAGAUCAACGCGCGGACGUGCGACGGGCGCUGCGUGGUGUCGCCCGGGGGGCUGGGCGUGGGGUACCUCGCGCACGGCACGCUGACCGACCACAUGUACAAGGUGGAGAAGGUCCCCCUCGUGAGCACGUGGGAGAUCUACGGGGACUGGGACGUGCCCGUCGACGACUGCUUCGGCAUGUUCAACCCCAUCACGCGGGACGGCCUCAAGGCGGUGAUCGACCAGUGGCUGCGCGCCACGUUCCUCCUCAUGCUGCGCCUGCCCACGCAUCCUGGGAUGCCGGCCUCGAUCCGCGCGCUCGUCGACGGGCCCGGCGACAGCGGCGAGCCCGAGACGGGCGACACGGUGUACAAGCACCUGCGCGGCGGCGCCACGCUCACCCCGCUCCGCGACGACCCGGAGGGCCCGUACGGGACAGCGCCCGCCACGCAGCCGCCGGCGCCGACCGCGGCCCCCGCGGACGCGCACGGCAGCGAGCCGGACAGCGGAAACGACGGGCCAACGCAGGGUCCGCAGCCGGGCGGCGAUUCGUGGGACGACCGGGCGUCGGCAGGGGGCGGUCCGCGGCACAGCUGGCCGGCGAUCAUGGCGGUGGUGCUCGUGGUGGCGGUCGCGGGGAUGGUGCUCAUUCGCAUGCGGCGACGGAGACGCGGAGGGCCGUACCUGCCGGUGAACUCCCUGGAGCUCCCUACGAUGCGCCGCGCCGGGUCGUGA